GUGUCUUUUUAAGUGUCUACUUUUAUUUAUUCCUUUAUUGUUCACAUGUGUGCAUGCCUUCAAUACAGCCUGCCUCUGGAGGUCAGAACAAAACUUGAUAGUUCGGUUAUUUCUUGCACUUAGUGGGUCAGAGGGAACAAAUUGAGGACAUGAGGCUUGUCAUUAACCACAUGUAGUCAUUGAGCUAUCUAGCUGUCCAGAACUCCUGGUUUUACCUCUUUAGUCUUCACAUUCUGCUCUCCCUGACGUAGUACCAGGCGGUUCAUGGUUUGAGCAUGUACGUGACUGGAUGUCCUUGAGGAACAGAGACAACAUCCUGCUCCUGAGUUAUGAAGAGCUGAAAAAGGAUACCAGGAGUGCCAUCAAGAAGAUCUGUGAGUUUUUAGGAAAGACAUUGGAACCAAGGGAGCUGGACUUAGUGCUGAAGAACAGCUCUUUCCAGGUCAUGAAAGAAAACAUGCAGUCUCCUAACAGAUUUAAAAUUCAUAAGGAAGUACGAGAGCCACUAAUGAGAAAAGGCAUCAUUGGGGACUGGAAGAAUCACUUCACUGUAGCCCAGGCUGAAAAAUUUGAUAAAAUAUUUCAGGAGAAGAUGGCAGAUAUUCCUGAAGAGCUGUUUCCAUGGGAAUAGUAUUAGAAAAUCUGAAUCUUACAGGGAUAUUUCAUACGAUCUGUUGACCUUGAACAUGUAUAUGGCUUAGUGUCAUGGUAUAAAAUCUACUGUUUCACUUAAAAUUAUUUUAUCAUCAAAUCUUGGGCAAGUGACUUGGCUUAAUGGGAAAAUACACUUGACUCCAAGCAUGAGGACCUGAGUUUAAUUUUCAUACCAGCAUGAUUGGAGAUAACAAACAUGCAAAAAUUUUCCUCUGGUGUAUACACAUAUCACAUUAUGGUACCAAAUAAAAUAAAUACAUUAAUGGAAUUUAAAAAUCUUAUUAAUAUUUUCCAAACAUAGAAUAAAGAAGAAAUCAUACAACUAUGAUUCCAAAAUGUCUUGAAAACUUUAGACAGAAAUAAAAUAUAGAAAAAAAAAAGAUCAGAAGUAACUAUUGCUAGCAAGAGAUGACUGAGGUUUUCUUGUUACAUCUCCAAGAAUCUGUAUUUAGCC